CUCGGACGGUGCCAGCAAUGGCUGCCGCCCUCAUCCUGUCCAGGGGGUGCGGGGCGCUCAUUCGCCGCAGCUUCCAUGGCCGGCGAUGGAGGCCCGCCCCGAUCCGCCAGAUUUUUCAGCCUCACAAUUCUGAUCAGAAGAUGUCGUCUGUUCUUGAAACUCUCUUUGAGUAUGUAGACAAACACCAGGACCUGUAUGUUAAGCGACUGGCAGAUUGGGUGGCAAUCCAGAGUGUCUCAGCAUGGCCAGAGAAGAGAGGAGAGGUCAAACGAAUGAUCGAAGUGGCUGCCAAGGACAUUGAACGAUUGGGUGGCACAACUGAACUAAUGGAUAUUGGAAAGCAGAAGGAAAUUCCAGUUAAUGUAAAGUUUUGCCUAGAAGGUAUGGAGGAGUCUGGUUCUGAAGGCCUGGAUGACUUGAUUUUUGCACAAAAAGAUACUUUUCUCAAAGAUGUAGACUACGUUUGCAUCUCUGAUAAUUACUGGCUGGGAAAGAAGAAACCCUGCAUCACCUAUGGUCUCAGGGGCAUUUGCUAUUACUUCAUAGAGGUGGAAUGCAGCGACAAAGACCUUCACUCUGGAGUAUAUGGUGGCUCAGUGCAUGAAGCUCUAACUGACCUUGUUGCUUUGAUGGGGUCCUUGGUGGAUAAGAAAGGGAAAAUUCUCAUUCCUGGCCUUUAUGAUGCAGUGGCUCCUGUCACAGAUGAGGAGCAUCAACUCUACGACCGAAUUGACUUUGAUGUGGCGGAGUAUGCAAAGGAUGUUGGAGCCACACGACUGCUGCAUGAAACAAAGAAAGAUAUAUUGAUGCAUAGGUGGCGAUACCCCUCUUUAUCAAUCCAUGGAGUAGAAGGAGCUUUCUCGGGAUCAGGUGCCAAAACUGUGAUUCCACGGAAAGUAAUUGGAAAAUUUUCAAUCCGACUGGUGCCAGACAUGACUCCAGAAGUUGUGACGAAGCAGGUUCAAGAUUACUUGUCCAAAAAGUUUUCUGAGCUGCAGAGCCCAAACAAAUUCAAGGUAUACUUGGGCCAUGGUGGAAAACCAUGGGUGUCAGAUUUCAACCACCCCCACUAUGUGGCAGGCAGAAAAGCCAUGAAAACAGUAUUUGGUGUAGAGCCAGACUUGACUAGAGAGGGAGGAAGCAUUCCUGUCACCUUGACCUUCCAAGAAGCAACAGGCAAGAAUGUAAUGCUACUGCCUGUAGGGUCUGCAGAUGAUGGUGCCCAUUCUCAGAAUGAGAAGCUCAAUAGGUAUAACUAUAUUCAAGGCGUCAAGCUGCUGGGUGCCUACCUCCAUGAAGUUGCCCUGUUAAAGGAGUGAACAUGGAAUCAGUUUUGCAAAUGAAGUGGCAUUGGGACCUGGAAAGUUCCUCUGAGUACUUCCUUGCAACUUUAUGAAAGUGCACUAUUUUUGCUCACUCUUCUCUGUCAGACUAAUUUACUUCAAAAUGCGUGGCAGAAUAUUUUUGAACUCAGUAUUGAGCACUUUAUACAGACAAGCCUCCAGUUCCUUUUUAAAUCGUGUGUUGACUGGCACACAGUACCAUAUACUACAGUUCGCUAAUCUGUAACUCCUUACCUGUUGUCCCAAGCAGAAGGAGGUUGACAAGGGGCAAAUAUGGGAAAGUAGUACAUCAUCUGAUGUAUGUAAGUAUUGGCAAAUAUCAAUAGUGCCUGAUGAGUUUCUUCUGCUCCCAUUUUUUUUCUUUAAUAAUCCGACAGUUCGAUUAGAUAUUACCAUAUGUAGCUCUGAUGCCAAAACCUACUCUUUUUUUUCCUUUUGGCUUGAGAUAAAAGAACAAACUGUUCUUGUUACAGGUAUAGACGAGGGCAACAAACUUCUCUUGGGAAGUUUUUGAUGAGUUGGAAGUGGGGAGCAGUUGCGGACUGAUGGAUUCCUUCAAACACUUGCUCUUGUCCAGCAGGUGUCUGAAACAAUCCUCGAUGAUCUAGCAGAUUCUCAGUUAUGAAAAGCAAACUGGUAUUUUUGUAACGCAUUAUUUGUACUUCGUGUGGAAGAAUGAAUAAAUAAAACCACUCUGGCCCUACCA